AUGCGAGUGUAAGGAAUGAUAACUCUGGGUUGAAAUUGGGAAAUAAUGUGAACUGCAGGGACAAGUUAUCCCCCUUUUUUACCUGGUAAACAACAUGAAAGAUAAUGUCAAACAGACUGCCAAGGAAUUUGAUGUCCUUAGAAAGGUUCAUGCUGCGUUCAGAAGUGUUAAAGUUAUAUAAACACAUGCUGAGACUCGUCAGAGAAAUUCCUGACCGGAAUCAAAGGCAACAACUGCAGAUCUUUAUUCGACAGGACUUUGAACUCAACAAAAAUUUACAAGAUGAGGGGGCAAUAAAAAUGAAUAUAGCAAGAGGGAAAAAUUCGCUGAAGGAAUUGGAAAGAACUGUACAGAUGGCACAGUGAUUUAUACUGGUGAUGAUUUGUGCUGAAUACUAAAAAUGAGGAAAGGUUCAAAACAGAAAAAAAACUGCUACAUGUAAUCCAUUGUGUUGCCAGUUGUCAUGUUUGGACUGAGGAGAUCACUUGAAAGCAUUGGACUUAACACGUUAAACUGGGUCAUAUCAUCGUUCAGCUGUCCACAGAGAACUGGAUUUGUAUCGUCACACAGCUGUCCACAGAUAGUGUAAAAGACUUGAGACACAGUAUUCAGUGCCAUACAUUGUCCAUAUCAUGUAUUCAAAAGGAUUGUCAUUAUUGGAGAGUUUCAAAACUUGAACUAAUCAUAAGCUUUCUAAUAGAUUUGUAUUUUGAUUUGUAACUAAGAAGAAUUGUUUUAGAACACUAAAACUGAUGUCUCAUC